AUGACUAUGUUCCGUAUAAUAUAUCAAAAAAAACCAGGAAAAAUAACACAAGAGAAGGUGAACGAUCUUGUUCGAGAUUUGGGUUUGCCCAAAGAUGGAGCAGAGUUUUUGGCGUCCUGGUUGAAACACAAUGUUAAGGAGGCGAAAAAUGUGAAAACCUCCUAUUAUCGUGACAGAGAAAGAGAAUAUCGGCAAUAUUUCUUUGCAGAUGAGGAACAUUCAUUAGUCUAUUGUCACGAUGUUAUCGGAUUAAUGAACAAACUGAAACCUGGAUGUUACAAGUCUGAUGAGUGGAGACUAUUUAUCGAUUCUUCUAAGAGAAGCUUGAAAGCAGUGUUGCUGCACAAUACUAAUGUAUAUGCCUCCAUUCCUGUAGCGCACUCGGUAGUGAUAAAAGAAGAUAGAGAUCGAACAAACCAUUACAUUAGAAAAGAAUGGCCGACAAGAACGUCUCUGCAACCUGGGUCUAAAAAUAUCAUAAAUGAACCGUUAGUUGAGCCUUCAAAAGUUCUUCUUCCACCUCUUCAUAUCAAAUUAGGACUCAUGAAACAAUGGGUGAAAGCUCUGAAUAAAAAUGUAUAUUACUUACGCGGUUCGUCCCAAUCUGCCAUUGGGUCUGGGUGUGACGAGAUAUCAUUACUUUUGGUGCCGGCAUCAUCGCCGUCGCUGCUGGCGGCAUCAUCGCUGUCGCUGCUGCCGGCAUCAUCGCCGUCGCUUCUGGCGGCAUUAUCGCCGUCGCCGCUGCCGGCAUCGCCGUCGUCGUUGCUGCCGACAUCAUCACCGUCGCUGCUGCCGGCAUCAUCGUCGUCACUGGUGCCGGCAUCAUCGCCGUCGCUGUUGGCGGCAUCAUCGUCGUCGCCGCUGCCGACAUCGCCGUCGUCACUGCCGGCAUCAUCGCCGUCGCUGCCGGCAUCGCCGUCGUCACUGCCGGCAUCAUCGCCGUCGCUGCCGCCGGCGUCGUCAUCACUGGUGCCGGCAUCAUCGCCGUCGCUGCUGGCGGCAUCAUCGUCGUCGCCGCUGCCGGCACCGCCGUCGCCACUGCUGGCAUCAUUGCCGUCGCUGCUGGCGGCAUCAUCGUCGUCGCCGCUGGCGGCAUCAUCGUCGUCGCCGCUGCCGGCAUCGCCGUUGCCACUGCCGGCAUCGCCGUCGCCACUGCCGGCAUCGCCGUCGCCACUGCCGGCAUCAUUGCCGUCGCUGCUGACGGCAUCAUCGUCGUCGCCGCUGGCGGCAUCAUCGUCGUCGCCGCUGCCGGCAUCGCCGUCGCCACUGCCGGCAUCGCCGUCGCCACUGCCGGCAUCGCCGUCGCCACCGCCGGCGUUAUCGUCACUGGUGCCGGCAUCAUCGCCGUCGCUGCUGCCGGCGUCGUCUCCGUCGCUCGCGGCAACGAUGCCGAUGUCGUCUUUGUCAUUGCCGGCGUCGUCUUCGCCCUUGCCGACGUCGUCUUCGCCCUUGCCGGCGUCAUCUUCGUCGUUGCCGGCGUCGUCUUCGUCGUUGCCGGCGUCGUCUUCGGUAUCUUACACGUAUUGCACGAUUUACGCGUGCUGUUUAAACUUUGUUCGCUUCUCGCUGUAA